UGGUUAAUAGUUGGUUUGAACGUGAAGAAGGAGAGAGAGAUUUAGCGUGUUUUUUUGAGAUUGAAUCGAAAAAAUCUCAAACAAGAAAAUAGAAUGGAAAAACAAAUGCAAGAUCCACCAUCAAACUCAAACUCUAAUCCCAAUGUCACAUCAUCAUCAACAACUCCUCCUUCUUCCAACAUCUUCAUCCGCGGCACCGUUAACGGUGUUUCCACCACCGCAUCUGUCGCCGUCGAAUCCCACUCUCACCACCGUAGAUCACACUCAGAGAUCAACUACCGUCUUCCCGACGACAUGAUGGACCUCUCUCCUUCAGAUCCAUUGAACGGAGGAGGAUCUUCCACAGCUAGCUUUGAAGAAAUCGGAUCCGAAGAUGACUUGUUCUUCACCUACAUUGACGUCGACAAGCUCGGAGGUGUUACGAAUGGUUUGAAUCAGAACGGUUAUGGUAACGGUAACGGUAACGGUGUUGGAACGAGUGGUAAUAACGACGGUGAGAAGAGUCCGAAUGAUGAUGCUACUACGCCGAGAACGAGACAUAGACAUAGUUGCUCCGUUGAUGGUUCAACGUCGACGAGUAUGUUUGGAGAGAUCAUGGAUGCCAAGAAAGCUAUGCCUCCUGAUAAACUCGCUGAGCUUUGGACUAUUGAUCCAAAACGUGCUAAGAGAAUACUUGCAAACCGGCAAUCUGCUGCACGUUCAAAAGAGAGAAAGGCUCGCUAUAUACAAGAACUUGAGCGCAAGGUUCAGACCCUUCAAACGGAAGCCACAACUCUCUCUGCUCAAUUGACACUAUAUCAGAGGGACACAGGUGGUCUGAGUAACGAAAAUACUGAGCUUAAGAUCCGUCUGCAAGCCAUGGAACAACAGGCACACCUUCGAGAUGCUCUUAACGAUGCGUUGAUGAAGGAAGUUGAGAGGCUUAAGAUUGCUACCGGGGAGGCAAUGAAUCCCUCUGAAUCUUUUAAUAUGGGAAUGCACCAGAUGCAAUUUGGAGGGUCAAAUUUCUUUUCAAUUCCGCAACAUUCAGGUCCUUUAGGUCACCCCCAGGACAUACAAUUUCCUCAAUUUGGUCACUCCCCAUCUAACAUGGCGAAUCAUCAGAUGCGACAAACCAAUUCUCACCAAAUGUCGGACAUGUUGCAAAAUGAUCAGCUCGGUCGUUUGCAGGGACUUGACAUUAGUAGCAAAGGAUCAACCCUCGUGAAGUCUGAAGGUCCGUCAAUAUCUGCAAGUGAGAGUAGCACUACAUUUUGAAUUUAACUUGAACUUCUUGACCUGCUGACUUAUUUAUGGUUCUCCAUUCUCGUCAAUUGUCUAUAGUGUUGACAUGUAGUCAUCUAAUGAUGGUUCUCUGUUUCAUUAAAUAUUCCAUUUAGAUUAAAAAUCAAUUCUUGAUUGUUUAUUCUUAAGGAUGCUCCCCAAAAAGGGAAAACAUCCUUGUUGUGGCAAAAGUUCGCACGGUCAUGUUGAUGCGUGGUACUUUGGUGUUUGUGGAUUUUAGAAUAUUGAGAAUGAAAGGUCAUUCUCUCUGUAUCUUUGUACGUUGGGAUGAUUUUUGAUCCCUCUCUGGUCGUGUGUAUCAUCAUUUACAUGAUACUAAAUAUGUAAACUUUGAUUUGUUGUAUUGUUCCAAUUCAAGGAUAUGUAAGAUGAAUUAUCCAAAACAGAAAAGGAUCUCCCUAAUAUGUA